GACAGUAGUGGAAGAAGAGGAGUAGCCCGACGCCAGAAAUAACUAAUAAGACAUUCACUCUCAGACGGGCGGCCAUCCGGCCCGGACGAACGCGCUGAUACAGCGCACGUUUUUGGUACUCCAAGGGAUCACAGCUCGGGGCCCUAUCGACAGGGCCCCCCAACGAAAGGAGGCCGCCCAAGGCGGACAACAAGCCGGAAAGCAUGGAGCAGUUCGAACAGCUGCUGACAUGCGCUAUCUGCCUGGACCGCUACAGGAAUCCAAAACUUCUGCCCUGCCAACACAGUUUUUGUAUGGAGCCCUGUAUGGACGGUUUGAUCGAUUACGUUCGUCGACAGGUCAAAUGUCCAGAAUGCCGUGCCGAACAUCGCAUACCAUACCAGGGCGUGCAAGCCUUCCCCACCAACGUCACGCUUCAACGCUUCCUCGAGCUGCACAUCGAAAUCACGGGGGAACUGCCGGAUCCCACCAGCGGCCAAAUUAUGGAACGCUGUAGCGUUUGCUCCGAGAAGAGUUACUGCAACCUCUGCGCUCACUGCGAGAAAAAGUGCUGCUCGGAAUGCAAGGAGGAGCACAUAAAGAUACUCCGGAAGAACAUUGGGAGCAUUAAUUCGCAGGUUCGCCGGGCAUUACACAGAUUGCAGGAGGCACUGGCGCAGGUCGAGAAGAACACUCUUGCCCUGCAGACGAACACGGCGUCGGUGAACGAGGAAGUUGACGAGAUUUACAGGAGACUGAAUAAGGCCUUGAAGGAUCGCACGGAGUUCCUGCGCAACGAGAUCGAGCGCUAUUCCAGCACGGAACUCCGGGGCCUCAUCCAUCUUAAGGAGAAUCUCGAGCAGGAGAUCGCCAACAUCCAGAGCAACUGCGACCUUGCCGAUGCGCAUAUCAACGAAAACGUCCCUUGGGACGACAACGAGCUCCUGGACACCAAAGAAUUAUUCCUUCGUACUCUCGAAUUCAUAAGGAACUUCGAGUACGAAGCCGGUGACUACGGCCGUCGCAUGCGCUUCGUAAUGACGCACGACCCGAACCAGCUGGUGAUCCACGUCGCCGGCUACGGGGAGCUCAACAUCAAGCCCGAGGUGGGGAGCAACGCGCUGCUCGGGAGCUCGAGCAGCCUGACGGUGCCCGGCGGCUCGCCAGGGCUCAUGCGCAGCAAGAGCGACCAUCGGCUCGCCUCCCAAUACCGACAGCAGGACGACGACCGCACCCAUGGCAGGAACCGUUACGUCCCCGACUACGAAAAAAACAAAUCACAACUACAAGCUAAGCAACAUUCAAGAUACGACACCCCGGAGUACGAGGCGCCUCGGUCUCGGACGCGCUACCGGUCGCGCUUCAUGCGCAAUCGGGACGGCGAGGACUCGGACGGCGAUACUCGCUCGACCGUGCGCUUCAACGCGCCCCAGGAACCCUCGGCCCUGAGGGAGCGCGAGCGCGUCCUCGAUACCGAAGACGCCUCGAGGGGGCCGCUGUCCGGCAUCUUCCGGCUAACGGACUCGCCUCGUGUCAUGAAGAAGCUCAACGACUGCGAGCGCGCUGGUAAAAGGAAGAAGGACGAGUCCGCGCAGCCACAGCAACCCAAAGCACAGAUCCAACCGGCACAGAGGAAGGCUGUGACGCCCACACUCGGACGCCAAGCCACAGCCACCGACGACGACGAGAUAUCACGGAUCAAGAAGCAGAACAAGACCGCGACCGCCGCCCAGACACCGACCGCCACCUCGCCGAUCCAGGACAGCCUAGACGAGAGGCAAACGAGCCUUACGCAGCACAACCCCGUCAGGGAGAAUCGCGAUAGCGAGCACUCCGAGGAGUCCAGGAAGACAACUCCAAUUACCAGCAGCAGAAGAACAUCAACGGACGCACAUUUGCCCGGUGGCCGUAGCGCCUCCUCGGAGUCGAGCGCGAGCUCGGAGAGUUCCUCGGGCUCGGGCAUCCGCAGUACCGGCGCGCACUUCACCACCGAGGAGAUGAAGCAAAAGUAUCUAGCCAAGGCUCCGCAACCCGGCACACCAACGACCCCGACCGUCUCCUCGAGCUCGAUUCCCUCCAGCCGAGAUUCGCCCGUCACCGCAACACCCAGACCUUUCCAGAGUCGUUUUUUAGGCGCAGGUAAUCGCGCGGCUCCUCCGCCACCCCAAACAACGGCGAGCUUGAGCGGCCGAGAGGAUCCCUCGAAGCCUGCCACCACGAUCACGGCGACGACGACCACGGGAGCGGGAACGGCAACUAGCCCGUCGACGAAAAAGGAAAAGGAGGAGGAGGUGGGGGUGGAGGUGGACGAGGAGGAGGAGGAGGAGGAGGAGGAAGAGGAGACGAGCAGCUCAUCGGAGGAGACGGAGACGGAGACGGAGGAGGAGUCGGAGACGGAGGCAAGACCGAGCGCCACAGCGUCGCUCGUACAGCCGACGGGGAUGAGCAGCCAAGAGCAGCAGCGCCAGCAGCGCAGCGACUCCGCGAUGGCGCGGACGGACAUCGGACCGCUACUAGCCCGGAGCGCCGAGGCCAGGCGCGGCAGCAAGGAGGAGUCGCCCACCACGAGGUACGGGACACCGAGGAGCAGCCCAGCACAAUCGGUGACAUCGCCAACUACCGCAACACCAUCGACUACACCCACUUACACCAGCAGGUUCCUAAACAAGAGCAGGAGCCAAGCGGCGAUGAGCAGUCCGAGCAGCUCCGUGUCCCAGCCCCGGGAGACGCCGGAGCCCCUCGACCUCAGCGCCUCACAGGACUCGUCGCCCCGCUCGCGUUACGCCGCCCUCAAGGAGCGCCGUCAGCGUCUCGCCCGCUCCCGCAGCAGCCACAACUUCGGGGGCGAGGAGCUGGACAUCGAGGAGGAUCCGCCCUCUCCGACCACCCAAUCGCCGAACGCCUAUCUCGCGGCCAAGUACGGGCCGGGCUCGGAGCUCGCCAGGAGUCGCAGCACCCACGUGCUCAAGUCCCGGGAACCGAGUCCCGACCGCGAGCGUCCAGGCGCCGAAAAAGACGGCGCCGCCCUCAGCUCCUGGGCGCGCUACCUCAAAAACAAGUACGGUAACCGAUCGACCAAGGACAAGGAACCGCCCUCCUCGGUCUCCGCAAUGCCCUCAUCCAGACGCUUGGAAGAUAAAAUCAAUGCCAUAGCUAAUUCAUUGAAAGAUCACAAGUAUCGCGUAGGCGGAUUGGGAGAUAAAAUCAGUGCCGUAACUAAAACAUUGAACGAAAACAAGUAUCGCGUGUGCAGCGCGAGCUCAACCUCGCGAAGACUAUCCCUAGGCCUUCCUCUCAGACACACGGGCCAAGCUUCCUUCGAAUCUUCUGACGACGAUCAAAAAAACCCGUCAGGCUCCCCCACGUCCCCUACAGCAGCUCCCGCUAUACCCGCGGCAGCAGGUUCCUCCACUAGGAGUCAAUACCUGCUAAAACGUAAGCAGCUGUUUAAGUUUGGGAUGCGGGGGAGCGAAGCCGGAUGCUUCACCUGGCCUAGGGGCCUUGCAGUCGGCCCCGACAACUCCAUCGUCGUGGCGGACAGCUCCAAUCAUCGUGUGCAAGUGUUUGACGGGAACGGGAACUUCGUCAGAGAAUUCGGCUCGUACGGUAGCGGCGGUGGUGAAUUCGAUUGCCUCGCCGGCGUAGCCGUUAACCGAAUCGGCCAGGUCAUCAUCGCCGACCGCUAUAAUCACCGGAUCCAAGUGUUCGAUCCAUCGGGCCGCUUCCUGCGAGCCUUCGGCUUUCAAGGCACAGCGGAUGGGCGCUUCAACUACCCCUGGGGCAUCACCACCGACGCGCUUGGCUUCAUCUACGUCUGCGACAAGGAGAAUCACCGGGUCCAAGUCUUCCAGUCCGACGGCACCUUCGUCGGCAAGUUCGGCAGCUGCGGCUCGGGUCGCGGGCAGCUCGAGCACCCCCACUACAUAGCCGUAAGCAGCACGAAUCGCGUCAUCGUGAGCGACAGCAACAAUCACCGAAUCCAGAUAUUCGACGUGAACGGCCGCGUCCUCACGGCCUUCGGCUCCGAGGGCUCGGACGACGGCCAAUUCAAGUUCCCGAGGGGCGUGGCCGUUGACGAUCAGGGCUACAUCGUCGUAGCCGACUCGGGUAACAAUCGCAUCCAGAUCUUCACGCCCGAGGGUGUGUUCUUAAAGGCCUUCGGCAACUGGGGCUGCGCCGACGGCGAGUUCAAGGGCUUAGAGGGCGUUGCCGUCACCUCGGCCGGUAAUAUCGUUGUCUGCGACAGGGAGAAUCAUCGGCUUCAGGUCUUCUGACGACGAGCGUCCGAUCAUCGCCGUCGCACAAUCUGCCGAUCGCGUACCGCUUCUCGCUCUCUUCCUCUCACUUACUCUCUUAUCAGUCAUACUUUCUCUCUGCUUUUAUUACCACCGCUACUAUUACUAUUUUUAUUUACUAUUCUAAUUACAAGGCUGGCCUCUAGUCGAAUGUUUCGGUCUAACAGCCCGUGUCCUUUGUAUUAUCGAUUUCGUCGACGUUUUUCGAGAUCGAGCAUUUCAUGACGAGGGAGAUGUAAGAACUUGACGGGAGUUUAUCUGACUGGAUUAUUGGAAUGUCACGACGUAAUAUUAUCAUUGUGACCUACC